AUGAGAAAUUGGGCUACCGCCAAAAGAUUCCCUCGUACGAUACGAUAUCCACUGCCAAAUCCAGUGUCACUACAAUGGACCCGUCUGUACUCAACCGAAUUCCCUCCAAAGGAAGUCACUGUACAGAAGUUCACCUUCCCACUCGCAUCACACUCAGUCAAGCACAUUUCCAACAACCUCGAUAAGUUCUUACAAGGCAACCCGGUAACUCUCAAUGGGCAUUUGAAUAGGCGGCCACGUCUCAUGGCCAAGCAUGCAUUUGCCGAGCUCAGAGACUCUAAUGGAGAUACUAUACAAAUGAUGUUAGCUCAUGGAGUUACACCCGAAAAGUACUUUGGGGUGGUGGAAAAGUCCAUCCCUGAAGAAAGUAUCAGCGUCAGCGGUAAAGUACAGUUGAAGCAGAGUAGAAGUGGCGAACGGGAAUGGGAGCUUCUCGUAGAAAAUUACCAAGUUUUAAACCAAUCUAAUUUAGAUGCCGCUAGAUUGGACAAGUUGAAACACUCAUCACCCAAAGACUUGCCUCCUCAGUUCCGUUACUUGCAACUCAGAACACCCCACUACCAAAACAACAUACGAACCCGAAGCAAAAUUGCUAAUUUGAUCAGAAACACUUUUAUUCAGAACCAUGACUUUGUGGAGGUUGAGACUCCAUUACUCUUCAAAUCGACACCAGAAGGUGCUCGGGAGUUCUUGGUGCCCACGAGGAAACCUAAUGCUUUCUAUGCUUUACCUCAGUCGCCUCAGCAGUAUAAGCAGUUGUUGAUGAGCUCAGGUAUCACCAAAUACUUUCAGAUCGCAAAGUGUUUCCGAGACGAAGACUUGAGAGCCGAUAGACAGCCAGAGUUCACCCAGGUGGACUUGGAAAUGAGCUUUGUCAGUCACAGCGACCAAGUUGGUGUGGUAGUCGAAGAUGUUGUUCACCGUGUGUGGAAGGAUAUUGCUAAGUUUCCGGUUUACACCAUCAAUAAAAAUGGUAAUCUCGAAGAAAUCAGUGAGUUCUCCACACACAAGAUAAACUUCACAAAGGUUCCAUACAUUGAAGCCUUGACAAAGUAUGGAAUUGACAAACCCGAUUUAAGGUCUUCCCUCUCCUUGAUAGACUUGAGUGGUUUCUUCACCCCACUCAAAAAUACAAACUUCCCAGUCCUCGAAGCGUGUGUGUUAAGAGAUGCUUUUGACCCUUCAAAAAAAUUCAAAGUUCCAAAAGCCUUGAGUGACAGCAAUAGCUAUUCUCGGAGAAAGCCUAUUGUCAUCCCCAUCAAGACCCAACCUGAUGCUCUGGAAUGGUACAAAAACUUUGUUGAAAAGCACCUUAUCACACCUACCUCCUCGUUCAACGAGUCCCAAUUGGAAUCCACUUUAAAUUUACAUCCUGGUGACAUUUUGGCAUUUGCUGACAGGGCUGAGUUGCCGUAUGAAAAUCCUACUCCUUUAGGAAAGUUCAGACAACUUGCCAUAAACGAGUUCCCAAAUAAGUGGAAGAGAAUGAUCGAGUUGAGCAAUGGAGACUUAACUGACAAUUACUGCACAAAAGAUAUGGUAGUGGCUUCCUGGGUUGUUGACUUCCCAUUAUUUGCACCAACUGAAUCCGGAGGGUCACCUAGUGACGAAUAUCCAACAUACGAAUUGAGUCAACUUGAAUCGAAUCAUCAUCCUUUCACCAUGGUCAAACUUGAAGAUUAUGACUUAUUGGAGACAGACCCUUUAAAAGUCAGAGGGGAGCACUACGACUUAGUAAUCAAUGGAGUCGAAGUAGGAGGUGGGUCCAGAAGAAUCCACGAUGCUGACCUCCAAAAAUACGUUUUCAAGCAUGUCUUAGGAAUCCACCACUACAAUGAUUUGUUUGGCCAUCUCCUACAUGCUUUGAGUAUGGGAUGUCCUCCACAUGCAGGUUUGGCUCUAGGUUUUGAUCGAUUGUGUGCAAUGGUUGUUGGAAGCCCAAACAUAAGAGAUGUUAUUGCGUUCCCCAAAAAUCAAUCAGGUGUGGAUCCUAUCGUCGAAAGUCCUUCCUCAGUUCCAGAAAAGACUCUUAGCGAGUACUUCAUCACCACCAAAAAUUAA